GCGACGAGGGCUCCGUGCUGCUGGAAAGGGCCACAGUCAAGCUAGCCUGGGCUCGGAUAUGACUCAUGUGCAUUCCCCGCGGGUGUAUUUUCUGCUCAUCAACUGCACGGGUUUCGGAUGAUUCUGCUGCAUUGGACGUCUCGUCAGUCGUUUCGCUGAUUUCCAUGUCUUACUUGUGAACUUCUGAACAGGAUCAUCUGGACUACUCAUCGUCCAUCGUUGAUUGCCUGUGGCUGCUCCAGGCCAGGCUUCCUUCUAGUUGGGUGACCCACACUCCUUCACAGGGGCUAUGGAGGAGGAGGGGCAGAAGAGCUCAGACUGUAUCCAGGCCAACCAAAUUUUCCCCAAGAAAUCCCCUGUUCUGGAGGAGGAAAACAUGCAGGUGCCCUUUCCUGAGCUGCACGGGGAGUUUACGGAGUAUGUGGGGAGGGCAGAGGAUGCCAUCAUUGCAAUGUCCAACUACCGCCUACACAUCAAGUUCAAACAGUCUGUCGUCAACGUGCCUCUGCAGCUCAUUGAGAGUGUGGAGUGUCGUGAUAUGUUCCAGCUGCAUGUCACUUGUAAGGACUGUAAAGUUGUCAGGUGUCAGUUCUCCACAUUUGAGCAAUGUCAGGAAUGGCUGAAGCGUCUUAACGCAGUAGUGCGGCCCCCCUCUCGCUUGGAGGAUCUCUUCUCCUUCGCCUUCCACGCCUGGUGCAUGGAUGUGUACGCUGGUGAAAAGGAGCAGCAUGGAGAGCUUUGCAGACCAGGUGAACAUGUGACCUCUUGGUUCAAGAAUGAGGUGGAGAGGAUGGGCUUUGACACUCAAAAUGCUUGGAGGAUAUCUGACAUCAACAGCAAGUUUAGGCUUUGCCCCAGCUAUCCCCAGCAGCUUCUCGUACCAGCCUGGAUCACUGACAAGGAGCUGGAAAAUGUGGCGGCGUUCCGUUCCUGGAAGAGGUUUCCUGCAGUGGUAUAUAGGCACCUGAGCACAGGGGCUGUGAUCGCCCGUUGCGGACAGCCAGAGGUCAGCUGGUGGGGCUGGAGAAAUGCUGAUGACGAGCACCUGGUUCAGUCCAUUGCCAAGGCCUGUGCAGUGGACAGCAGUUCUCACAAACACCUGUCCAAUGGAACUUACAUUAAUGGCUCUGAACUGCCUGAUACUGAUUUUGAGUCCUCAAUGACCAACAGUUCAGAGGUGGAGACAUUGGCCAUCCAGCCUCACAAGUUACUGAUUCUGGAUGCGAGGUCCUAUGCAGCCGCUGUAGCCAACAGGGCAAAGGGGGGUGGCUGUGAAUGUCCUGAGUACUAUCCUAACUGUGAGGUGGUGUUCAUGGGCAUGGCAAACAUCCACUCCAUACGCAAGAGUUUCCAGUCCCUACGUUUCCUCUGUACCCAGAUGCCGGAUCCAGCAAACUGGCUGUCUGCACUGGAAAGCACCAAGUGGUUGCAGCACCUGUCUCUGCUGCUGAAGGCAGCCCUGCUUGUGGUCAAUGCAGUGGACAGGGACCAAAGGCCCGUUUUGGUGCAUUGCUCUGACGGCUGGGACCGGACACCUCAAAUUGUUGCUCUGUCUAAGCUGCUGCUUGACCCGUAUUAUCGCACCAUAGAGGGCUUCCAAGUUUUGGUCGAGACGGACUGGUUGGACUUUGGACACAAGUUUGCUGACCGAUGUGGCCAUGGAGAAAACUCUGAGGAUGUGAAUGAGCGCUGUCCCGUCUUCCUGCAAUGGCUAGACUGUGUUCACCAGCUGCAGAGGCAGUUUCCUUGCUCUUUUGAGUUUAACGAGGCCUUCCUGGUGAAGCUUGUGCAACAUGCAUACUCCUGUCUGUUCGGCACCUUCCUGUGUAACAGUGGCAAAGAGAGGGAAGAUCGACACGUUCAAGAGAGGACCUGCUCGGUGUGGUCCCUGCUGAGACCCGCCAACCGCACACUGAGGAACAUGCUGUACUCCCCACACUCCGAGACUGUUCUCCAUCCAGUGUGUCACGUGCGCAAUCUGAUGCUGUGGACCGCAGUCUGCCUGCCUAGCUCCUCCCCCACAACCCCUUCUGAUGAUUCCUGUGCUCCAUAUCCUUUGCCUGGCAGCAACCCCGAGGAGGCGCCUCUGAGCAGAUGUACAAAGACUCGCUCAUUUGAUAAUUUGCCCAGUGCUUGUGAGCUGGGAAGCUCACUGGCUCCUAACCGCCGCUCCAGUGACCCAAGCCUCAAUGAGAAGUGGCAGGACCACCGGCGUUCUCUGGACCUCAACAUGGCAGUCGGGCCAGAUGAAGGAGGGGACCAGGAUCACGAGGUGCAGUGUAAUGGAUUGGUCCUUUACCCGAAUAGAGGGGACUCUGAGCUGGAUGACAGCCCACAUCCCAACUCACACUCUGAGUUGGCAGAGGUAGCCUCCACGCACUUUACGACAACUCGAGAGGAAGCCGAGGAGGCGGAACUGUCUGUGGCAGUGGGUGUGGCCGAGGGCCAGAUGGAGAACAUUCUUCAAGAAGCUACCAAGGAGGACAUGGCAGCAGAUGCUCAGAGAGUUAGAAAUGCUGCGGUCAGCCACGUCAUUAACACAGCUGCUGUAGAGGAGGAGGAGGUCUCAAGAACUGAUGAUGAUUAUGAUGAUGAUGAUCAGUCUGUCAACAAGAGAGAGAUACAAGAAAUGCUUGCAAAUGGUCGCCAUUCGGAAAAUGGUUAUGUGGAUGCUGAAGAGCAUCGUGAUGUUCCUCCUAUGCCUGCACAGACUGUAGAAGACUUAGAACACCUGAGAGAUAAGGAAGCCCAAACACCCGAGCAUGUGAAGAAGCAGGUUCUAGAGAACUGUUCUGAACAGGUGGCACAUGCUCAUGAAAACUUUGAGUCAAGUUCAGACGAGCCAGAGCUGCCUGCAGCUCCAAGAACUCUGACAAACGGCUUUGCUCACCGGUCCCCUGAGGAAACUGAUGCAGAUGAGGAGACCUGCUCUGCAUCUGACCCUGACAGAGGUUUGUCAGAGUCAGGGGAACAGACAGAAAAGAGGGUCUCCAUGAUGGAAAGCUCCACAGAGACUUUGACAGAGGACGUUUGCUGCAGGUUUGAACUCCCCGCACAGCAUCCUGUCUGUCAGAUCCAUCAGGCCUGCAACAAUGGCGAGGGCCACCCACCUUCCUUGAGGAAGGACAAAGUGCUGGAGAGUGACGAGCACAGCUUUAUUAGAACUUUCAACGGGGGCAGCAAGCGACCCUCUGUCAGUGCCUUUCAGUAUGCAAGUGGUGACCUCACUCGCGACGGACUGUGUAACGGUGACAGUUCCGAUGGGGAACCCUGCGGAGGACCUCAUUGGGUCAAAGCAAAUGGCGAGCGGGCCCCGCUGAGCCGUCAGGUUUCCCUAGCAAGCUGCAACUCCUUGAUCCUCCACCACCGAGGGAGCUGUUCACAUCAACGUUGGUGCCACACCCAACUGAACCGGGCUACUGUCAGCCCAGAGCAGCCGUCGCGCAGCCACCUGGAUGACGAUGGGUUGAUGCUGCACACAGAUGCCAUCCAGCAAAGGCUGAGGCAAAUUGAAGCUGGCCACCAAAUGGAGGUGGAGACCCUGAAGAAACAGGUACAGGAACUGUGGAAUCGCCUGGAAAAUCAGCAGCACGCUGGCUCCCAUCGGGUUAAUGGAAACGGGGGAGAUGAAGUGACCUUGAUGACCAACUCGGAAUACAACGUGGACCCCAACUGUCUGUCACGCUGCAGCACAGAGCUGUUCUCCGAAACCAGCUGGGAGCAGGUGGACAAGCAGGACACAGAGGUCACCCGCUGGUACCCAGAUCAUCUGGCUGCCCAGUGUUACGGCUGUGAGAGCAAGUUCUGGCUCGCCACCAGGAAGCAUCACUGCAGUGGCAGGGAGCCUGUCCAGGAGGUCUGGGGGUGUGGCCUAGGGAGCAAGGAGUCAGUCAGGAACUGCGGUAAUGUCUUCUGCGCCAGCUGCUGCGACCAGAAGAUCCCGGUGCCGAGCCAGCAGCUGUUUGAGCCCACCCGCGUGUGCAAGAGCUGCUACGGCAGCCUCCGGCUCGGCCCGUCUCCCCUGGACAAACCCAUCGCGGCCAGCUCCAACUGAGCCUCGGCGAGACGGACACUGGCUGGAAGGAGGGCACGAUGACGACAACAACACAAACGCCACAGGAUGUCCCAUCGACUGUGUUUAUAUGUGUGUCUGUUCGUACUGCAGACGUGGACUAGAAUGUGUCUUUACCUGGCACGUUUGCUCGGCGCUCUUACGGAGCGUAUUGAAGGAAGUCCCUCAUUGGCCACUCGGUGGCGCUUGCGAGAGGGCCGUGCACUGAGGAGCGAGAAUGGACUUCCUAGUGUCUUAGGCCAAGAGGCAGGAGGAUGAAACUGGAGUCUUGCUGCAUGUUCCCUACUCAAGGGGCUUCAAUCCACUUAAAUCAUGACACCCCACCCCCCCUCCCUCCCCCAACCUCCACACCGCUCUCCUGGGCCCAGCUUGGACUUUGUCGUUUUGCUUGCAGGAACAAUGUGAUGAGAAACGUUUCAGAAGAGCUUCUCACUGAGUGGCACACAGUCCACAAUUGGAGCUUUACAAAUAGAUUGAAAAUGUUCUGUCAUCCAUUUGGAAUCGAGAUGUACACACAGGACAUGUUGAGGGAAUCAUUUAUCAUUUCUACUGCCAUUUCAAAAUCAAAGCGUUUCAAUGCCCCAGUUUUGGUCUGAUGUUGGAUGUCGCUCCCAUUACCCCUCUCCCUUGUCACACAUUUGGUUACGCACCUUGGAAUGGACAAGCUGACGACACCAUUUUGAUUCUUGUAUUUUUGACUCCGAGCUCACAGAAUGGUCCUCACUGCCUAUCAGCCAUUCAAUGACCUCCUCGUGUAGACGGUCAAUAUUUUGUAAAAUAGAAGAAUACAAUAAUAUAUUCAGAUACAGCUAUAGCAUUUAAGUACAAAAUGUAUAGAAACUGAGACUAGUGUCUCGCUAAAUUAGCCACCAAAAAAAAAAUUUUUUUUUAGCUUUUAUGUUGAUUGCAGAAAUAUACCUAUAUUUUACAACACGUGAAAGACAGAUGUGUCUUGUUUUUUAUACAUAAAUUAUAGAAGCGCAGGGCAUCCUGUUUGGAUCCUGUAGUUUUUGAUUUGGGUUUUCCCUGCUUUUUAAAUGAGGUGAUUUUAUUUAUUUCAUUGAAGGAGUGUUUUGGAUUCUGACAAUUCAGCUGCCACGUGAUAAUCAGUGCGGUGGUGGAGUGACGAGUCUAUGCACACGCACGCACACAGAACAGAGGUCCAAAACAAGCACCAUCGAUCCAAACUCAAAGCCCCUACACGCACACACACCUUUCUCCCUUGACCUAUAAACACUCCCCUACCUCUCCUUACAAGACACUCAUAACGCACACUGUCACACUUGUGUAUAGUUGCUCAGAGAUUCUGGCUUUCAGGGUUCCCUUUCUCAACUGCGCCUUGCUGUUAUUAAUAUUCAUCAUUGACUCUCAUUUUAUUCUGUCAGCAGCUUUCCUUCAUGCAGGAUGAACAAAACAAAGGACUAUCAAUUGAAAACAAAUCUUGUUUUCGUUCUUUUGAUAUUUCUGCCGUUUGUAAAUGUAGCUGAUGUUCAAGAGUGCCGAGUUGAUUGUGUUCCUUCAUAGCGGAGACGGCCGCUUUUCUAUUCAUUCGAAUGUUCACUGCAUUAAAAGUACAUCCGUUCAGGUUCAAUCUGAGUAGACCAGCGGUACUCAUCCAUCAAGUUUUGCUAUUGGACACAGCUCACCAUUAUAACUGAAGGGUGUAAACAUCGUGAAUGACGCGCGCGCACACACACAUCUCAUGACACAUCAGUGUGAAUGAUUUGAAGAGGCACUGGUUUGCGUGACAUCCACACGACAAUGCCACACACAAAACCAAAACAAAGCUGAAGCUGUUGUCAGCUGUGUGUGUACAUGAGAAUGUAUCAAGAAUUGGUGGCUGUAUGCAUAUGUGUGCGUGUGCCUCAUUUUUCCUAGUAGAGAUGGGUGCCAAGCUGUUUUAUUUCAGGUCUCUCACGAGGGCCUGCACUUGUGCUUUUGUUUUUUUCCCCUCAUUUGUUUCCCGCCUGUUGAAAAAGCACUUUGAAGCUGUCUGUCAGACAAGUGUGUAGUUGUAUAUAGAGCCAUUACCUGUAAUGAAAAGUGUUCCUUGUUCAGUUGGAGUUGUUUUUCUUUUUUUCAAGAGCGUUUCAUUGUUGUAGAUUUAAAGGAGAAUUAAACUAGACAAACCAGC